GAGUCAAUGGCGUCUGGUAGAUCUCUUUUCCUUCUCCUCCAAGUCCUUUUGGUUACGGUUCUUUCCGUCUCAGCCUAUCAUCUACCGGAGACUGCCGGAGACGACGUCGUCGAAGUCAAGCGCUCGCAGAGGGAGUUUGAUUAUUUCGCUCUCUCUCUUCAAUGGCCUGGAACCUAUUGCCGUGGAACUCGCCAUUGCUGCUCCAAAAACGCGUGCUGUAGAGGCUCGAACGCUCCAACUCAGUUCACCAUCCAUGGACUAUGGCCGGACUAUAACGACGGUUCCUGGCCUUCAUGUUGCUAUCGAUCCGACUUCAAUGAGAAGGAGAUCUCAACAUUGAUGGAUGGCCUAGAAAAGUACUGGCCCAGUCUCAGUUGUGGUUCUCCAUCAACUUGCCAUGGUGGAAAAGGAUCCUUUUGGGGCCAUGAGUGGGAGAAACAUGGGACUUGCUCUUCUCCUGUUAUUCGCGAUGAGUAUAGUUACUUCAUUACCACGCUUAAUAUCUACCUAAAGCAUAAUGUCACGGAUGUCCUUUAUAAAGCUGGCUAUGUUGCUUCCAAUAGCGAGAAGUAUCCUCUAGGAGGUAUUGUCACAGCCAUUCAGAAUGCAUUUCAUAUCACCCCUGAAGUAGUAUGCAAAAGAGAUGCAAUCGAUGAAAUACGUAUAUGCUUCUAUAAAGAUUUCAAGCCCAGGGACUGUGUUGGUUCAAAAGACAUGACGUCCAAAAAAUCAUGUCCCAAGUACGUAAGUUUACCGGAAUACACGCCAUUAGAUGGUGAGGCUAUGGUUCUGAAGAUGCCAACAGAUGAAUAAGAUCUUUCUUCUCUUCUUAGAGGCAAUAUUCACGUACAGGACUUUGAUGUUGUAAUUUUAUGGCCAAACCUAUAAACAACGAAUAAAGACUGGCUUCUCUUAUCUUAUGGGAUACGAAUCCGGAAUAAUCUAUUUCUUAUUCUUUACAGUUACAAUAUUAUGAAAUCCAUAGCAAGAAAAUCGUCUAUUAUAUGAUGCCAUAUUGGAUAGAAACUAUAGUUGUUUUUUUAAGAACGUGAAAAAUAGUCAUCUUUUAUACAAACUGAUAGGGUGAUAAUG